AUGCUGCUGAUUUUUCAUUCACGAAUUAUUGGAUUAGCAGAAUAUAUUGAAAUCGCUCUGUGUCUAGCGUGGCACGAAGGGAAACAUAAGAAUGCGUUUCGGUUAACAAAACAACUAGAUCAUCGAAGGAUGUCCUCGUCGCACACUAUUGCUUUACAGCGUGCGACAAGGACAGACACACACGCGCGGUAAACAAGGAGGGCAGCAGUGUUAGACAAGGACAACAACAGAUUUUAGUUCUACCUUUCUACCGCUACGUGGCGCUAGCAUUUUAG